CGCACCAGUUCGCCUUUUGCCAGCCCCGGCAGCAUCGUCCCGUGUGGAUAUACCCAAUCAUGAGGAGGUUUGUGGUGUGCUGUCUACUACUGGCGGUAGCGGGUUCUGCCCUCGCCGACGACCAGCCGCCCGCGGAGGCCAUCGUGGUCCCGGAGCCGGACAGCAAGCAGCAGGACAAGCGCAGCGCCCCGCCCGCCGUGGUCGAGACCCACGCCGAGCAGGUCGUCGAGCACGUUGAACAGCACGUCGCCGCACCUACCUACGAAGCCCACGCCGCCCAUGGCUACGCCGCCCCCGCCUACUCCGCCCCCGGCUACGCCGCCCACGGCUACGCCUCCCCGGCGUACGCUGCUCACGGCUAUGCCGCGCAUGCUGUCGCUGCACCUGCUUAUGCUGCCCACGGUUAUGCCGCCCAUGGUAUCGCCGCCCCUGCCGCCUAUGCCACGCACGGCAUCGGCGCGCACGGCAUUGCCGCGCACGGUAUCGCCGCGUACGGCGGAGGGUACGGCCACGGGUACGGCCACGGGUACGGGCAGCUCGCCUACGGCGCGCCCGUCGCCGCCUACCACGGCCACAGCCAAAACACCGUGAGCACCGUGGACCAGCACGUCGCCAUCCCUGUGCCCCAGGCCGUGCCCUUCACCGUGGACCGUCACAUCCCCGUGCCCGUGCCGCACGCCGUGCCCGUCGACCGCCCCCGCCCCGUGCCCGUGGCCGUACCUCAGCCCUACGCUGUGCCCGUCCCCCGCCCCGUGCCCGUUGACGUGCCCCGCGCCGUCCCCGUGCCCGUCGCGCACCCUGUGCCCGUGAGGAUCCCCCACCCCGUGCCCUACAAGGUGCCCCACCCCGUGCCCGUUCACAUCAACCAGGCCGUCCCCGUGCCCGUCCCCCAGGCAGUGCCCGUCCACGUUCACCAGCACACCGUUGCUACUCCCAUCCUUGACCACGGUCACGGAUACAACUUCGGUCACCUUCGCCAGGCUGGUUUCGGCCUCGGCCACGGCCACGGCCUCGCUCUUGGCCACGGCCUCUCCCUCGGCCACGGUAUUGGUGAUCUUGGCAAGUACGCAUCCCACGCCCCCGAGCUCUCCGACAUCGCCAUCGCCAAGUACGCCAGCUACAAGGGACUCGAGUCCGACGACCUGCACAUUCCUCACAAGUACUACAAGGAUGACAGCUACAGCAAGUACUCCAGCUACAAGGGAUCCGACGACCACGCCAGCUUCUCCAAGUACGCUAGCCACGGCAAGGGCUACAGCAGCCACAGCAGCGGUCCAUCCUACAGCAUUUAUGACUGUGCAUGUUUGUGUAUGCGUAUUUUGGAUGGAAUUUUGGCUGUAUAA